AGUUAGCAAACUCUAUUCACUUAUUUAUUAUCAAAUUAAGAUCUCUAUUCAUAUAAGUUUUAAUACAAUACAUUCCAUAACAAAGAAUCCUCUAUCGAUUAAUCCAAAAAAAUUCUUCCUAAUUCAAUCAGAGGUAUAUCAACCAUUAUUAUAAUGAGUUUUUCAUACUAUAAAUACAAUCAAAUCAACCAGAAAGUUUCAACAAACACCACCAACUUUCUACUUUUCCUUGAGCUGUUUUCUCUCUCAGGGCAACACAACCCAAUACAAUGAAGGUGGUUGAGGUUUGCAGAGUGACUCCAAUUCCUAGCUCGGCCACCUCAACCUCACUUCCACUUACUUUCUUUGAUGUGUUCUGGUUAACAGUGUCUCCAAUUCGGUGCCUUUUCUUCUAUGAAACCUCCCAUCCGAGCACUACGUUCUUAGAGGAAGUUCUUCCUAAACUCAAGCACUCCCUCUCUCUCACGCUCCACUACUACCUUCCGCUCGCCGGAAAUCUGACGUGGCUCCCAGAUUCUGAUAAACCCAUUACCCAAUACGUUGAAGGUGAUGAUGCACUUUCACUUACCAUAGCUGAGUCUGAAGCUGAUUUCUACUAUCUCUCAAGCAACAGCUCUCACGAAUUCAAAGAAAUUCAACCCUUUGUACCCAACUUACCGGCCUCUCACACACGAGUACCGGUGAUGACAUUGCAAAUCACUUUGUUCCCAAACGCUGGAUUUUCAAUUGGUUACACCACACAUCAUGGAGUACUGGAUGGGAAAACUGCAGCUCUGUUUAUGCAUUCAUGGGCUUCCAUUUGCCGACGCAGUGGAGACUCAACUUUAAUGCCUGAACUAACUCCAUGCUACGACAGGACUUUGAUUGAUGACCCAAAUGAUCUUGAGAGAAAUAACCUAGACUUUGUGUUGAAAUAUAUUGAACCCAGAAACAAAAGCCUCAUGAUACUGAAUGCAAAUGCUCAACCCGAUGCAAUGAUUUGCACGUUCCAAUUGACACGGGCAAACAUAGAGUUGAUCAAGAAGAGGGUGAACGCUCAAUGGCAAGAGAAGUAUAAACACAAACUAGCCAUGUACGUGUCGACCUUUACAAUAACAAGUGCCUAUGUAUGGGUUUCCCUAGUUAAAGCCCGAAAAAUAAGGACAGGGAAAGUUCAUCUGGGAUUCAGUGUCGAUUGCAGGGCUCGUUUGGAACCCCCUAUCCCUUCAACUUACUUUGGGAACUGCAUUUCAGGCUGUUUCAUAGAUGCAGAUUCAUAUGACUUAAUAGGAGAAGAUGGGGUGGCUAUGGCAGCAAAAGCUAUUGGCGAAGCUAUAGAAGGUUUGAAUGAUGGAAUUCUAGAUGGGGUUGAGUUGGCUAAACUGCCUUUUAUGGACAUGGAUAGGUUAUUUAGCAUUGCAAGUUCACCACGCUUUGAGCUGUACAAGACUGACUUUGGAUGGGGCAAACCGAAGAAGGUGGAGAUGACAUCAAUUGAUAAAAAUGGAGCAUUCUCUCUUUUUGAUUCCAGGGAUGGCAAUGGUGGGCUUGAGAUUGGGAUAAUGUUGAAGAAACAGGAAAUUAAAGCCUUUGCCUCUCACUUCGCCAGUGGUCUCGAAGUUGAAAAAAUGCAGUGACGAACCCUAAAUACAGUAUCAACACCAUAAUAAACAACUUUCAUUAAUGUGGUUAUCACAAUAAUGCUACAUGUUCACGUGUAUUUUUUUAAUAAUUUUUAUGGUUUAAUAAAGUGCUAUAAAUUUUUUAUUUUACUAGCAUGUGUGGCAUGCAAAGAUAAAACUUUAGAAUUUAAAACAGAACCUGCUUAAAUAAUUUGAUAGAAACAACCAAUGUAGCGGAGACAAAAAAAUUGUAAAAUUUAUUAGUUUAUAGAACAUUAAUCUUAAACUAUUGAGUUGAUUUUGGAAAAGAUCAUCAAAAAAACUGUUGUAAAUGGAUUGAACAUUUUUCACUGUGGCAAACCUACCCAUCCUCAGUUUGAUAAACAUUUUGAUAGUUUCAAACCAGCAAAUUGAGCUAAUUAGAAAUACUUGAUGGAAAAA